GGCCAUGAACGCAGGGAUGCGAAUGGUGACCCGCAGUAGGAGCCGCGCUCGCGGGGACGCCUCGCGGAGGGGUGGGGAGGAGCUCCCGCUGCCCAGGGGCCGAGAGGCCGCUGCAGAAGGAAGAAAAAACCCCAGGUCUGUGAAGCAUCCACGGAAGGCACAGAGACUGCAUGUGGCCUAUGAGACGUCAAAUGGUGAGAAAGAUGAGGGGGCUGAAUCCCUUGAGGUGCCAGCCUGGAAGCCCGAGAACUGGCAGCAGCAGCUUGCCAACAUCCGUACCAUGAGAAGCAGGAAGGAUGCACCUGUGGACCAGCUGGGGGCUGAGCACUGCUAUGACCCCAGUGCCCCCCCAAAGGUACGGAGAUACCAAGUGCUCUUGUCACUGAUGCUCUCCAGCCAGACCAAAGACCAAGUGACAGCGGGCGCCAUGCAGCGGCUGCGGGCCCGGGGCCUGACUAUAGACAGCAUCCUGCAGACAGAUGAUGUUACGCUGGGCAAGCUCAUUUACCCCGUGGGCUUUUGGAGGAACAAGGUCAAGUUCAUCAAGCAGACCACCACCAUCCUGCAGCAGCACUACAAUGGGGACAUCCCUUCCUCCGUGGCCGAGCUGGUGGCCCUGCCAGGAGUUGGGCCCAAGAUGGCCCACUUGGCUAUGGCCGUGGCCUGGGACACUGUAUCGGGCAUAGCAGUGGACACACACGUGCACAGAAUUGCCAACCGACUGGGGUGGACCAAGAAGGCUACCAAGACCCCUGAAGAGACUCGUGCAGCCCUGGAAGAGUGGCUCCCCAGGGAGCUGUGGAGUGAAAUCAAUGGGCUGCUGGUGGGCUUUGGCCAGCAGACCUGCCUGCCUGUCCACCCUCGCUGCCAGGCCUGCCUCAACCAAGCCCUGUGCCCUGUGGCCCAGGGCCUCUGAGGAGCUUCAGCCUGGGUGCUGCUGUGGCCACUGAUGGUGAAGUGUCUUUGUGGGGUGGGGGGCUGCAGAUUGUAAUAAAGCUGGGGACUUGUUUGCA